AUGAUACUGCCUGUCAGCCGGUGUCGAGGGCGGGACCGUAUGGAAAGAAAUGGCAUCUUCGACACCAGAAAUGUGUCCGGCUCCAGGUCAGACGUUGUGUCUGUUCUCUCUGCUGCUCUCCCAUUUCCCAGUGGGCUGGAGGCAGAGCUGGAGCACCUGCGGCAAGCCCUGGAGGGCGGCCUGGACACCAAGGAAGCCAAAGAAAAGUUCCUGCAUGAGGUGGUCAAAAUGCGAGUCAAACAAGAGGAGAAGCUGACAGCAGCCCUGCAGGCCAAGCGCAGCCUGCACCAGGAGCUAGAAUUCUUGCGUGUGGCCAAGAAGGAGAAACUGCGGGAAGCUACAGAGGCCAAGCGCAGUUUGAGGAAAGAGAUUGAGCGGCUCCGAGCUGAAAAUGAGAAGAAGAUGAAAGAGGCCAACGAGUCCCGGGUGCGCCUGCGUGCCAAGUACUCAGCCCAGAUCGAGGACCUGCAGGCAAAGCUGCAGCAUGCGGAGGCUGACCGUGAGCAGCUUCGAGCCGACCUGCUGCGGGAACGUGAGGCCCGUGAGCACCUAGAGAAGGUGGUGAAGGAGCUUCAGGAGCAGCUGUGGCCUCGGCCACGGCCUGAGAAUUCUGGAGGUGAGAGCAACACUGAGCUGGAUCCCUAGCCUGGGCAGUGAUUGCCACUGCCACGUGGACCUCUAUGCGUGCGCAGGGGCGGCGCGGCGGGUACGUGGCUUUGCGGGCCCGGCCCAAGCCUCUGCAGCCACACAGCACAACGUUUCUACUGUGCCUAUUACCAAGCGAGUGUUUGUAAACACAUACUUUUGGAAUCCACUGCAAAAUUUUCUACUGGC